GGAACUUUCGCACCACUUCUGUCAACUUCGCUGACCGCGGGAAUUUUUGAUUGCAGAGAGAAGAGACUACAGUUGUGAGGUGAACGCUUUCCUCAACGUCAAAAUGUCAAAGAAAAAGGGUCUGAGUCUGGAGGAGAAGCGUAGCCGUAUGAUGGAGAUUUUCUUCGAGACCAAAGAUGUAUUUCAGCUGAAGGACAUCGAGAAGAUAGCCCCCAAACAGAAGGGAAUUACACCCAUGUCUGUGAAGGAGGUACUUCAGAGCUUAGUGGACGAUAACAUGGUGGACUCGGAACGGGUGGGCACCUCAAACUACUUUUGGGCUUUCCCAAGUAAAGCUUUAAACGCCCGCAAACGCAGGAUCGAGGAGCUGGAGAAACAACACGAAGAUGGGAAACAGCGGAGGGUAACUCUCCAGCAAACUGUAGCGAAGGCACGAGAAGGCCGACAAGACACAGAGGACAGGGCUGUGCUCCUCCAGCAACUGAAUGAGCUGAAGGAGCAGCGGACCAAGCUGAAGUCGGAGCUGGAGAAAUACAGGGAGUGCGACCCCGAAGUCGUGGAGCAGAUGCGCCAAGAAAACGUGAACGCCAAGGAGGCAGUGUCCAGGUGGACGGACAAUGUUUUCGCCAUUAAAUCCUGGGCCAAGAGAAAAUUUGCGUUUGACGACAGCAGAAUCAACAAAGCGUUUGGGAUCCCCGAAGACUUUGAUUACAUGGAUUAGUCUAUUUUGCAGUGGGUUUGUUUUCUCUCUCCAUUGACUAUGGGUUUUCAACCAGCUGCAAGUGAUGCACCCUUUGCAGUGGGUGAGGUUUCCAUGCCCGAAAUUAACAUAUCAUUGCAGAGGAAAUACGGUUUUGUUUGUUGUAUUUACUGCAGAUUAUUUGAAUGUAUUUAUCCAAACCUAACCAAUAAAAGCAGACCACGCUGGUUGUGCGAA